AAGCCCAGCUCGCGGUUUGGCAGCUUCUGGCCACCAGCAUGCUGGAGUACCCCAACCUGAAACAGGCCAUCCCGCAGUGAGUCAGCCACGUCCCAGAAGAGCAGCACCAGUGGUUCCACUCACUGGCAUAUGGUGAAGUGGGCUGACUGUUUGCGUUCAUGCAACAGCUUCGGGACAGCUGCCGACAGUGACUGCUGGCAGGCGAGUGUGAUGUCGAGACCAUCAUUGAGCAAGUGACACUGGAGUAGUUUGUCACCCAGCUGCCAAGUGUGACAUCAACAUGGAUCCAGUAUCACAGAGCAGCUUCACUGGAGGAGGUGGUCUGGCUGGCUGAGGACCACCUGAUGGCGUUUCCAGGAGCAUGCACUCUCCCGCAGCUUCUUGUCCUCUCUCUCACACUUUCACUUUCUCCCCUCCCUCUCCCUCUUUCUCUCGCUCUCUCUUCUCUUCUCCCCUCCCCUACCCCAGACCCACAGAAACAGGGGCCAAUUCCCCUGAAACCCGCUCCCUGCACUAAUGUCUGUCCUCAUGUUUCUUCUCUCCCUUCUCCUUCUGUGUCUGUGCCACUGUUAGCCCCCUCUCUCUCUCCACAGGUGGACUCAUUCAUGCCUACCAGAACCGGGAGUGAGCCCGGGCAGAUCUGUCAGCACAGAGGGAAGGCGAGGAAUCAGUGCUUCCGCAAGGAGGCGGGGCUACUGAUUCACAUUCCUGACACACCACAGGCUUCCCUUGAUCAAGGAGGAGCAUAGAGAAUCAUUACUGACGCAUUGGACAGAGUGCUGGGGGCCGUUUUGUCCCAGGUGGCGGAGGGGGAGGAGCACUUGGUGCUAUACAUCAGCUCCAAGCUCUCCAUGUGAGAGUCAAAGAACAGCACCAUGGAUAAAGAGUGUCUGGCAAUCAAGUGGGCGGUCCUCACUCUCCGGUACUCCCUGCUUGGACGCACAUUGUCCCUCUGUUCCGACCAUGCCCCAUUCCAGUGUCUCCACCACAUGAAGAAUGCCAACACGCGGCUCACUCGUUGGUAUCUCGCCCUUCAACCCUUUAAAUUCAAGGUGGUCCACAAGCCGGGGGCACAGAUGGUAGUGGUGGAUUACCUUUCCCACCAAGGGGGGAGUCAGCUGCAGGCCGGAUGGCUCCCCAGGCUGAGUUGGGCGGUGGGGGUGUAUGGCAGUGAGGGUGUGGUCGAGUGUCAACUGUGAACGAUGAGGAGUCAGGUUGAACCAGUAGGGCAUGUGUGACGAGGUGCACCUGUGUCUAAAGCCUCACUCACAACCCGCUGUAAGUGUUUUGGACAUGCACAGGUCGUACGGGUUCGUAGCUUGCAGCCGUGCCGCAGGGUCGCAGUGAACCCGGGGGAAAGUUUAGGGGAGGAGUACAGGCAAAGUACUUGUCAAGUACAGGUUACGCACCUGACUUCCUUGAGGCGCAGGAAAAAUUGCGCCAUUAGCCCGUGGAAAGCGUAUAUCUGACGCACGUGAUCAGUGUGUGUUCAGUGAGUGUGGUGUGUGUGUGACUUGCAUUUUACCAGUUUCCUGCACUAAGAGUUCGGGCCGCACUUGUGAAGCGUGUGUGAUGCAUGUGAUUAGCAUGUUACAAUAACUCAUAACUUGCGUGUGAUGCAAGCCAGGAGUGCGUAUAAAACCAGCAUGUCUGCACCAUUCUGCAUCUGUCUUUCAACUGAAGGACACUGGCUAUUUUGUGGGAAAAAUUUCAGUUUAAAGUUUAGAAAAUGGGACCCAAGAAGAAGCGAGCAAAAGUGAAGUAACCCAGCCUGAAACAGCAGAGGGGGAGGAGGAGGAAGAAUUUGAUGAUGAUGAUGAUGAUGAUGAUAGCAGCACCGGCGAGCCCUGCACGGACAGGGAGAAGUAUGCCUUCAAGCUGGCAGAAGGCACAGCACCCUGCCAGAGGGAUUUUCACAGCUAACGACGCCCAGAAGUGAGGACAUUGCAAUCCCAUCAUCGCUGUCAGGCCAUUGUGCCAUGCUCAGUGAUAAGGACAAGGACAUCCCGACACCCCGUCCCACCACUCAGCAUGAGUAGGAGCAGGACAGCAGCUUGGAGUCAAAGUUUGAUUCUACUCUUCUAUGUGGUCUUCUACACAUUUCUUGCUGGAAUGUUCUGCCUCACCAUGUAUGUUAUGCUGCUUACACUCGAUGAUUACACACCAACUUGGCAGGACCGACUUACUACACCAGGAUUGAUGAUCAGGCCUAAAGGUAAAAAUUUGGAGAUCAUGUAUAAUAUAAAAAACACUGAGAGCUGGGACAAAUAUGUCCAGGCACUCAACACCUUCCUCACCCCUUAUAAUAACUCUCAGCAGGUGCUGAAUAAUAACGCGUGUGCUCCGGAUCAGUAUUUUAUUCAGGAGGACAGCGGUAAUGUGCGUAAUAACCCCAAAAGGUCGUGUCAGUUUAACCGCACAAUGCUUGAGGAAUGUUCUGGACUUGUUGACCAAACCUACGGUUAUAGAGAUGGAAAACCCUGCGUGCUCAUCAAACUGA